AAGAGCCGUUCCUUCUUCGUCCCCCGAGGAGAGAAAUCGAGAGAAAGCGAGAAUGGCUACGGAGGCGGCGGCGGCGGGGAAGCCGGUGAUAGUGGUUGGCGUCGAUGACAGCGAGCACAGCUUCCAUGCCCUCCAGUGGACGCUUCUCCACUUCUUCUCUUCCGUCGCUCCUGGACAUAGCUCGUCGUACAAGCUCGUCAUUGUCAACGCCAAGCCCACGCCCUCGUCGGUCAUCGGCCUCGCCGUCGCCGGCCCCGGAGCUUCUGAUGCGCUGCCGUUUGUGGAGUCGGAUCUGAGGAAGAUCGCACUGAAUGUGCUCGAGAAAGCUAAGGAGAUCUGCAUUGCUCAUUCGGUGACUGAUGUGGAGUACGAAAUCAUGGAAGGAGAUGCUAGAAAUGUCUUGUGCGAGGCGGUGGAGAAAUACCACGCUGAGAUGUUAGCUGUAGGAAGCCAUGGUUACGGAGCAAUUAAAAGGGCGGUGUUGGGCAGUGUGAGUGAUCACUGUGCUCACCAUGCGCAUUGCAGUGUGAUGAUCGUGAAGAAGCCGAAGUCAAAGCCAAAACACGAUAAAUUGGAAAGUACAUAUAGUACUUUAGGUGAAAUUUUAGAGUCAGAGAUUUUAGGAGAAAAUUCUGAUGGUCGCAAAUCAGGGAAGGGGAGACGGAUGGUUAGAUGCAUGGACAGACGUAUUCUAUUUGUUCGCAUCGAUUGGAACGCCCACAGAAAAUGUUGUACACUCGUAGCAAACUCUUUUCAAUUAUGCUCAAUAAUAGAGACUUUUUUGAAAAGAAGAAAUCAUACGUGCACUUCUUCUUUACCCGCCUCCGCUUCUGGUGGAAGAAACAGUGCCAGGGGACCAUCCCUUCGGGUACGAGUUGGGGAAAUCGUCAAAUUGUUUUCUUUAAGAGCCGUGCCUUCUCCGUCCUCCGGCGUGAGAAAUCGAGAGAAAGCGAGAAUGGCUACAGGGGCGGAGGAGACGGCGGCGGCGGUGGGGAAGCCGGUGAUGGUGGUGGGCGUCGACGACAGCGAGCACAGCGUCCAUGCCCUCCAGUGGACGCUUCUCCACUUCUUCUCUUCCGUCGCCCCUGGGCAUAGCUCGUCGUACAAGCUCGUCAUAGUCAACGCCAAGCCCACGCCCACGUCCGUCAUCAGCCUCGCCGGCCCUGGAGCUGCUGAUGUGCUGCCGUUUGUGGAGUCGGAUCUGAGGAAGAUCGCACUGAAUGUGCUCGAGAAAGCUAAGGAGAUCUGUAGUGCUCAUUCGGUGACUGAUGUGGAGUACGUAAUCAUGGAAGGAGAUGCUAGAAAUGUCUUGUGUGAGGCAGUGGAGAAAUACCACGCCGAGAUGUUAGUCGUAGGAAGCCAUGGUUAUGGAGCAAUUAAAAGGGCGGUGUUGGGCAGUGUGAGUGAUUACUGCGCUCACCAUGCGCAUUGCACUGUGAUGAUCGUGAAGAAGCCGAAGCCAAAACACUAAGUUUGUCGAUAUCUCAAGCUACUGAACACUACUUGGCUCGUUUGGUGCACAUAAAUAACACCUAAAAGAUGUGAUUGGUAAAAAUAAACUCGUUUUUAUCGUCUUGUAUCAAUGUUUUCUGGAUUCAUGCUUGUUAGUAGUAACUUAUUGCUUAGUUGUUGGAA